AAAGAGGGGUGUGUGUGAUCAGGUAAUCAGAGGGUGGGGGUGUAAAUAAGGGAGCGGGCCCCACCCGUUUCGAAAAUAUGAAAGUGGGCCCCACAUGGCAAAGAUCCCAAGAAAACGGAUUUAGGCCAGCCUCAUUCACAUUCCCUCCUCCCCUCAUUUUACACUCCUACCGAAGCUGACGCCCCUUCCUUUUCUCCAAACAAAGCAAAAAAGAAAACAAAAGAAAACAGAAAGACUAUCUCUCUCUCUCUGGCAUUGGCAUUGGCAAAAGCACGCAGAAAGGCCACCAUCGAUUGCUCUUUCUGCCUUUCUCUUCCUUUACUUGAUUCAAAGAGUUGGUAUUUGAUCUCUUUCCGGUUCUUACUCUACCGGCUCUCUCCCUCACCAUCAUUACCAUUGGGAAGAUUCCUCAAGGCAGGACGACGUCGAGAAUUAAUGCGUCCUGCUUCUUGUGUGGACGAUGAUAUGGUAUUAAUUCAAGGAAGAGUUCUUCUCCGGCAUUUGCAUUAAAAAUUCUCAGGUGGGUACCAAGAAAGACAGCGUGGGUAAUAAUUAGUUCAAAUGUCAAAGCCUCCCUCCCCACGGCCUCGCAACCGCUUAUUCUCGUCGAUCUCUCUGCCCAGGGAUCCAAAUGCAGCAGCAGCACUCGAUGAUCCUGAAUGUACCAUGGCUACUGUUGCCCAUUUCAUUGAGCAGCUACAUGCCAACAUGUCCUCACCUCAUGAAAAGGAGCUGAUCACAAUGCGUUUGCUUGGUAUCACCAAAUCGAGAAAAGAAGCGAGAAUUCUAAUAGGUUCCCACUCUCAGGCAAUGCCAUUGUUCAUCUCCAUCCUUAGGAGUGGGACACGAGGGGCGAAAGUCAAUGUUGCCGCGACUCUGACCGUUCUCUGCAAGGAAGAAGACUUACGGGUGAGGGUUCUUCUAGGUGGAUGCAUACCUCCGUUGCUUUCUCUUCUGAAGUCUAAAGCUGCAGAUGCGAGGAGGGCAGCAGCAGAAGCCAUCUUUGAACUUUCCUCAGGCGGGCUGUCUGAUGAUCAUGUGGGGAUGCAAAUAUUUGUUACAGAAGGGGUGGUGCCUGUCCUGUGGGACCAGCUUAAUCCGAAUAUCAACCAGGACAAAGUGGUUGAGGGAUUUGUGACUGGGGCUUUGAGGAAUCUUUGUGGUGACAAGGAAGGCUAUUGGAGGGCGACGCUUGAGGCCGGUGGAGUUGAUAUCAUCGUGUCUCUUCUAUCUUCUGACAAUGCCACCGCUCAGUCCAAUGCAGCAUCUCUUUUGGCACGUCUUAUGUCGGCUUUCGAUGAUAGCAUUAAUAAAGUUAUGGAUGCCGGAGCUGUCGAAGCGUUGAUUCAUCUUGUGGGCGAGAAAAACGACAUUUCUGUUCGUGCCAGUGCUGCCGAUGCUCUGGAGUCUCUCUCGUCCAAGUCAACUAGGGCUAAGAAAGCCAUGGUUGAUGCAGAUGGCAUACCUGUCCUCAUUGGGGCAGUGGUGGCUCCCUCCAAAGAGUGUAUGCAGGGGGAGUUGGGGCAGGCUUUACAGGGACAUGCGGUGCAUGCUUUAGCCAAUAUCUAUGGUGGGAUGUCCGCUCUAAUAGUUUAUCUUGGAGAGUUGUCCCAGUCUCCUCGUUUGCUUGCUCCGGUGGCUGAUAUUAUUGGAGCACUUGCUUACUCACUGAUGAUCUUCGAACAGCCCUCUGGCAAUGAAGAACCCUUUGAUGAGAAACAGAUAGAGGGUAUUUUAUUAUUGUUAUUAAAGCCUCGAGACAAUAAGCUGGUUCAGGAGCGCAUCCUUGAGGCUCUAGCUAGUAUCUAUGGCAAUACCUCUCUCUCGAGAUGGCUUGAUCAUGCAAAAACAAAAAGGGUGCUCGUCGGAUUGAUAACCAUGGCCUCAGGCGAUGUGCAGGAAUACCUGAUACAGUCGUUGACAAGCUUAUGCUGUGAUGGUUUGGAUAUAUGGGAGGCUCUUGGGAAGCGAGAGGGUAUUCAGUUGCUGAUAUCAUUUCUUGGGCUAUCAGGGGAGCUGCAUCAGGAGUAUGCUGUUGCUUUGCUAGCAAUCUUGACGGAUGAAGUCGACGACAGCAAGUGGGCCAUCACUGCUGCGGGUGGGAUCCCUCCGUUGGUUCAGUUACUGGACAUGGGGUCCCUGAGGGCAAGAGAGGAUGCCGCUCAUGUCUUGUGGAAUCUAUGCUGUCACAGUGAAGACAUUCGUGCCUGUGUUGAAAGUGCUGGGGCAGUACCGGCGCUCCUUUGGCUUCUCACAAGCAGUGGUCCCAGAGGCCAAGAAGCUUCAUCAAAGGCACUGAGGAGGCUUAUACGCAGUGCUGACUCUGCUACAGUUAAUCAGUUGUUAGCAUUGCUUCUUGGAGACUCGCCGACCUCAAAAGCCCAUGUCAUUACUGUUUUAGGCCAUGUACUUACAAAGGCAUCUCACAAAGACUUGGUGCAGAAAGGAGCUCCUGCCAAUAAAGGCCUCAGGUCUCUUGUUCAGGUUCUCAACUCCUCAAACGAAGAAACCCAAGAACAUGCAGCUUCUGUCCUUGCUGAUAUAUUCAGUACCAGACAAGAUAUUUGUGAUAGUCUUGAAACGGAUGAGAUUGUCCAUCCAUGCAUGAAGCUUUUGACCAGCAAAACACAGGUUGUCGCGACCCAGUCAGCUCGAGCCUUGGGCGCGCUGUCCCGACCAACCAAGCCCAAGGAUUCGAAUAAAUCGCCUUUCAUUGCUGAUGGUGAUGCCAAGCCUCUGAUCAAGCUGGGCGAUGUCAAGCCUCUCAUCCAGCUAGCCAAAACUUCUUCAAUGGAUGCUGCUGAAACGGCAGUGGCUGCAUUGGCCAAUCUUCUCUCGGACCCACAGAUUGCAAGAGAAGCUCUAGAAGAAGAUGUUGUACCAGCUUUGACAAGAGUUCUGGGAGAAGGUAGUUUGGAAGGUAAGAAGAAUGCAGCACGUGCACUUCAUCACUUAUUCAACCAUUUUCCAGUCGGUGACGUGCUUACUGAAAGUGCUAAGUGUCGCUUCAUGGUCCGGACACUUGUUGAUUCCUUAGCCGCAAUGAAUGAUUCUUCCGAUGCACUUGAAGUACUUGCAUUGCUGGCUAGAACAAAACAUAGUGGGGUUUCCACAUACCCUCCAUUGUCUGCCCUUGCCAAAGUUCCAUCGAGCUUGGAGCCGUUGGUGCAGUGCCUGGUUGACGGACUUCCUCCAUCUCAAGACAAGGCUAUUGAAAUUCUGUCUAGGCUCUGUGGUGAUCAGCCUGUAAUGCUUGCUGACCUGUUAGUUGGAAAACCAAGAUCUAUCAAUGCUCUUGCUGAUAGAAUUGUAAACUCAUCCAGUUUAGAAGUAAGAGUUGGAGGUGCUGCACUUCUCAUUUGUGCUGCCAAGGAACAUAAACAGAAGUCGAUGAAUGCGCUUGAUGCAUCAGGGUUUUUGAAGCAUCUCAUUUAUUCUCUUGUUGAUAUGAUAAAGCAUCCUUCUAAUUCAAGACCAUUUGAAAACCAAGUCAUCCAUACCUCUAGGGGUUAUAUGGAAAGAAAUGCAAAUGUCCAUGAAAGCGAUGAAUUUGGGUUUCUGGAUCCUGCGACUCUUUUGGGAGGAACUGUUGCCUUGUGGUUGCUCGCAAUAAUUUCUUCGUUUCAAGAUAAGAACAAACAAACUUUCAUGGAGGCUGGUGGUGUUGAGGUUCUCUCUGAUAAGCUUUCGAGUUUCACUGUUGGCAUGCAGGCAGAAGUUGAGGCUACUGAGGGCAUAUGGAUUAGUGCUCUGCUCUUGGCUAUUUUGUUCCAAGAUGCAAUUGUCGUUCAAUCUUCUGCCACGAUGCGGAUAAUACCUUCGCUUACUUUAUUGCUCAGGUCUGAUGAACUCAUCGACAGAUACUUUGCUGCCCAGGUAAUGGCUAGCCUUGUUUGCAGUGGGAGCAAAGGAAUACAUAUGGCGAUCGCAAAUUCAAGUGCUGUUGGAGGCCUGAUAACUCUACUUGGCAACACAGAAUCGUAUAUGCCAAACCUGGUAGCUUUGUCAGAAGAAUUUUCUUUGGUACGCAACCCCGAUCAAGUUGUUCUGGAGCGCCUUUUUGAAAUUGAAGAUGUAAGAGUCAGCGCAACGGCCUGCAAGUCCAUACCUUUAUUAGUGGACCUUCUGAGACCAAUGCCAGAUAAACCAGGUGCCCCACCAAUUGCAGUUCGCCUUUUAACUCGGAUUGCAGAAGGAAGUGAUACCAACAAACUCGCUAUGGCUGAAGCUGGGGCUCUGGAUGCUUUGACCAAGUACCUAUCUUUGAGUCCUCAAGAUUCAACUGAAACCACCAUAUCUGAUUUACUAAGAAUCUUGUUUAGCAAUUCUGAUCUGCUCCGCCAUGAAUCAUCACUUAAUUCUUUGAAUCAACUCAUAGCUGUUUUACGCUUGGGCUCAAGAAGUUCCAGGUUCAGCGCUGCUAGGGCUCUGCAAGAACUCUUUGAUGCUGAGACCAUCAGAGAAACUGAAUUGGCCAGGCAAGCCAUUCAGCCACUAAUCGACAUGCUUAAUGCUGGAUCAGAGAGAGAGCAGCAAGCUGCUCUUGUUGCCCUGAUCAAGUUGACAUCAGGAAGUACUUCAAAGGCAUUGGCUUUGACUAAUGUAGAGGGUAAUCCACUCGAGAGCCUCCUCAAGAUUUUGUCAUCGACUUCAUCGUUGGAACUGAAAAGAAAUGCUGCACAACUCUGUUAUGUUCUGUUUGGGAGCUCAAACGUGCGCUCUAUGCCGAUUGCAGCAGAGUGUAUACAUCCUCUCAUAUUACUAAUGGAAUCGGAUGCAAGUGCAGCAGUUGAAUCUGGUGUGCUUGCUUUUGAGAGGCUGUUGGAUGAUGAACAACAUGCGGAUCUUGCAGCAUCACAUGAAAUUGUCGGUCUCCUGGUUGGAUUGGUUUGUGGGUCAGACUAUAAACUCAUCGAGGCUAGCAUCAGUGCCCUUAUAAAGUUGGGAAAAGACCGUCCCAAUUGUAAGCUUGAUAUGGUCAAAGCUGGGAUAGUAGAUCAUGCUCUUGAGAUGCUCCCUGUUGUGCCUAGUUCUCUUUGCUCCUCCAUAGCAGAGUUGCUUCGAAUCUUAACAAAUAACAGUGGCAUUGCAAAAAGCUCAGCUGCUGCAAGGAUGGUUGAACCACUUUUCUUGGUUUUACAACGCCCAGAUUUGAGCAUGUGGGGACAACACAGCACCCUGCAAGCACUUGUAAAUAUUCUGGAGAAGCCUCAAAGCCUCACAACCUUGAGACUUACUCCUGGCAAAGUCAUCGAGCCCUUGAUAUCGUUUCUCAAGUCCCCAUCCCUAGCUAUUCAGCAGCUUGGCACUGAACUGUUGUCACAUAUUCUAGCGCAUGAGCAAUUCCAACAAGAUAUUACAACGAAAAAUGCAGUUGGGCCCCUUGUGCAGCUUGCGGGGAUUGGAAUAUUGAAUUUGCAGCAAACUGCGAUAAAGGCACUUGAAAGCAUUUCCACAAACUGGCCUAAGGCUGUCGCCGAUGCUGGGGGUAUUUUUGAGCUCUCCAAGGUCAUUUUACAAGAUGACCAACAACUAUCUCAUGCAUUAUGGGAGUCAGCCAUGCUGGUUCUCUCGAACAUUUUGCAGUUUAAUUCUGAGUACUAUUUCAAAGUUCCCCUGGUGGUCCUUGUGAAAAUGUUGCACUCGACAAUGGAGACAACGAUUACAGUAGCUCUCAGUGCGCUUCUUGUUCAAGAAAGAAAUGAUGCUUCGAGUUCUGUGCUGAUGGCUGAGGCUGGUGCUAUAGACGCAUUGCUGGAGCUCCUAAGAUCUCAUCAGUGCGAAGAAGCAUCAGGAAGAUUACUUGAAGCUUUAUUUAACAAUGCGAGAGUGCGAGAAAUGAAAGUUUCCAAGUAUGCAAUAGCUCCUCUAUCUCAAUACCUGUUGGACCCACAAACCAGGUCGCAACCUGCCAGGCUUCUUGCAGCUCUUGCACUAGGUGACCUUUUCCAGCAGGAGGGGCUUGCGCGAGCCACCGAUUCUGUCUCCGCAUGUCGUGCACUAGUGAGCUUGCUUGAAGAUGAGCCAACGGAAGAGAUGAAAAUUGUAGCAAUUUGUGCAUUGCAGAACUUGGUUAUGAACAGUAGGACAAAUAGACGCGCUGUUGCGGAAGCAGGGGGCAUUUUGAUAAUUCAGGAAUUACUGCUGUCUCUGGAUUCUGAAGUUGCUGGGCAGGCAGCACUGCUGAUCAAAUUUCUGUUUUCUAAUCACACACUUCAGGAAUAUGUGUCGAAUGAGCUCAUCAGAUCUCUUACUGCUGCCUUGGAAAAAGAGUUGUGGGCAACAGCAACUAUCAAUGAAGAAGUGCUGCGAACCAUAAACGUGAUAUUCACGAACUUCCCAAAGCUUCGUAUUUCUGAAGCGGCUACCCUGUGCAUCCCGCACUUGGUUGGGGCACUGAAGGCUGGAAACGAGGCUGCUCAGGAAUCUGUAUUGGACACUCUCUGUUUGUUAAAGCAGUCAUGGUCGACAAUGCCUAUAGAUGUCGCCAAAGCACAAGCCAUGACUGCUGCUGAAGCCAUUCCCAUCUUGCAGUUGUUAAUGAGAACCUGCCCACCCAGAUUCCAUGAAAGAGCAGGGAGCUUGUUGCACUGCUUACCGGGGUGUUUAACGGUCACAGUUAAACGUGGAAAUAACUUGAAGCAGGCUAUGGGAAGUACAAAUGCCUUUUGUAGGUUGACGAUAGGGAAUGGCCCUCCACGCCAGACCAAGGUAGUGAAUCACAGUACUUGUCCUGAAUGGAAGGAAGGGUUUACUUGGGCAUUUGAUGUACCACCAAAAGGACAGAAGCUUCACAUCCUUUGCAAGAGCAAAAAUACAUUUGGGAAGGCGACUCUUGGAAGAGUAACGAUUCAAAUAGACAAAGUCGUGACAGAAGGACAAUACAGUGGGUCCUUCAGCCUCAGCCAUGACAACAAUAAAGAUGGAUCAUCCCGCUCUCUUGAAAUUGAGAUCCUAUGGUCCAAUAGGAUGUCCAACGAGAACAUGUGAUUGGGUCACGGGCACAUAACACAUACAAUUCG